CUCAGCAUCACAACACAACACGCCAAUCUUGGCGACGGAUCUCGCCCAGAAUUUUCAGUGCCGUCUUGUUUAUGCCCUUUAUUUUUUUAGGGGACAAACAACGGAAUGUUCGCAUCUUUCCGCAUGCACGAUCUCUUCCACUGCUUUUCCCUACUUGAUGGAGUUCUUGGCAAUUUACAAAGGAGACUAUUGCCAGGCUCAACACAAAUAAAUUAAGUCUUAAUUCUUCUGAAUUUGGAUCCCAGUUGCCAUUCCGAAAGCAGUGAUCUGAAGUCGAAUAUCCAGUGGAAAAUUGUUUCAGAGAUAUCUAGCCUCUUCUGUAUCAAGAUUUUGUUAAUUGGUUAAUUCAAGGAAUGACAAUGAAGCAAAAAUUGAUGCGACCAGGACCUUCUGAAAUUGUCUUCAAAAAUAUGAGAUUUCUCAUAAUGGACAGGCCCACUGAUGCUACUAUUUCAUCAUUCAUUGAGGAGUUAAAGAAGAAGAAUGUUACUGAAGUUGUCAGGGUAUGUGAACCAACGUAUAAGACGGAUGCUUUGGAAAAGCAUGGAAUUAAAGUCUUAGAUUGGCAAUUUGAUGAUGGUUCUCCUCCUCCUGCCAAAAUUAUGAAUGAUUGGUUUGAUCUGCUGAGAAGAAAAUUUAAGGAAGAUCCAGAAUGUUACAUAGCUGUACACUGUGUUGCGGGACUUGGAAGGGCUCCAGUGCUUGUUGCGAUUGCCCUCAUAGAGUUGGGUAUGAAAUAUGAAGAUGCUGUCGAACUAAUUAGAGAGAAGCGUCGAGGAGCUAUCAACGCAAAACAGCUGGCAUUUCUACAGAAAUACCGUCCCAAGUCAAGGCUUAAGCCACAUGGAGUAAAACAGUGCUGCAUACAAUAAAUUUUGUUGUACUCAACAUUCUUCUUUUUUCUGAGAGUUAAAUUCUUAUGUUUCUUGUGAUCAAAUAUAUGUUCUACCUCUGUAGUCGCUUCCUCAUCUGCUUUUUCUGUAAAUCCACCUGCAUGCUAGAUGAGAAAAUUUUGUAUAUAUUGAAAUCUGCAACUUUUUAGUAAAUUUCCACUUUGUUGAGUAACGGGAUUAAAACUUAUUUUUCAACAACAUAAUUUGGAUCUGCUUGAUUUUGUAAUUGACUUUUUAUUUAAAUGCUUUGCUAUAAAAUCUAAUGCCUUGUUUUUAAUUUACCUUGCAGUAUUAAUUUUUAAGAGAUCAUCAGAGACUGGUGUUAUAAAUGCAUUUUAAUUCAUUUGAAAAUGUUUUAUUGCUUCUUAUUUAUAGCACUUCUGCAUUUGACAUUGAAACUUGUUUGUAUAUCAGUUCAUGUAAAAACUUGACUGGAAAUAUAUUUUUAUGAAUUAUAAAUAAAUGUACAAAAUAUGAACGAAGGAAAUCUUUUUUAAUGUUCCUUCAAACAUUUUAUGAUUUUAAUAAAGUUUCGGUA